AUGGAUGAUCACUUGAAACAAUUGGAGGAAAAAAUGCUUGAACAAUCAAGAAGGAUGGAGAGUCAAUCUGCUCAGAUUGAAGACCAAUCCAAGAAACUGGAUGGAUUGAUGAGUCUGCUUUUGGAGAUGAAGAAUCAAAUGAGGGAUUCUAGUUCUGAGAACAGCAAAUAUACUGAAGCUCCAAAAGAUGAGCAAUUCAAUAAGCUGCAACAAACCGAUUCCAUAGAGUCAUACUUAGAUGAUUUUAAUGAUUUAAAGUCUGAUGUCUUGAACACUCAUCGUGGUUUGCCUGAAGAAUUUGUGUUGGAAAGCUAUAUUGGUGGCUUAAAUCCAACUGUUAAACCUUUUGUUAGAGCCUUUAAACCUACCACUAUAUCUGAAGCUGUUGAGUUUGCUAGACUGCAAGAAGAACAAACUGUAGCUUUCUCACAGAAAACUUAUGCAGCCAAACCAAGUUCCUAUUCACAGAAAGCUAUUCAAGCUGUACCACUAAACACAAACAAACCCAUGAACUCUGGCCUACCUGCUUUGCUACCUAUACCAAACACAAAACCCAAUCAACUCACCAAAUUUAACCCAAGAUAUGCUACGAACUUUAGGCAUAUUCUAGCAGAUGUGAGAGCUGAAAAAAUUACCAAAGGGCUAUGCUAUUAUUUUGAUGCUCCAUAUGACAGAACACGUAAAUGCCAAUUUAAGGAACCCCAGCUGUUUAGUGUGGAAAUAUCUAGUAGUAAUGAGGAGAAAUAUUCACAUGACAGUAAGGAUGAAGGGGAUGAUUUGGAUAGUACUGGAGUUGUUGAACCCAUUUUAUCUCUUAAUGCACUUUCUGGGAAUCAAAAAUUUCAGACUAUGAGAGUCACAGGUACUAGGAAUAGCAAGUUGUUUCAUGUUUUGGUGGAUUCUGGAAGUACCCAUAACUUCCUUGAUCUUGAGUUAGCUAAGAAGUUGGGCUGUGUAAUUGAUUCCAUACCUUCGCAGGCUGUCACAGUAGCAGAUGGGAAUCAUCUAGCAUGCCAACAUGUCUGCAAAGGGUUUACUUGGACCAUGCAGGGUAGAUCAUUUACAGCUGAUAUGAUGCUAAUUGUUUUGGGAGGUUGUGACAUGGUUCUUGGUGUUCAAUGGUUGGCAACACUAGGGCCUAUAUGUUGGGAUUUUAAGGCUUUAUCAAUGGAGUUCACCAUAGAUGGAGGACAGUUUGUAUUGAGGGGCAUCCAUCCACAAAAGGUGAAAGUUGUAGAGGGCACACCAUCAGCAAAGCUGAUCAAUAAUGCAGUACAACUUUGUCUUUUGCAAGUAAGAGAUGUUUCUUUUAUGUCUUUGCAAAAUACAGAACUCCAGCAACAUCAUUCACUUGAGUUAAAGCUCUUAAAGACAAGUACAACCCUCCAGAUAUCCACUAAAUUAAAACAAAGGGAUGUAAUUGAACAUUUGGUCCAAGAUAGGCUUGAAAGAGGGGUGAUACAGAACAGUUCUAGUCCAUUUGCUUCACCAGUUGUCUUGGUAGGCAAGAAAGAUGGCACUUGGAGGAUUUGUGUGGAUUAUAGAGAACUGAACAAUAGAACUAUAAAGAAAAAAUUCCCUAUACCAGUGAUUGAUGAGUUGAUAGAUGAAUCGGCUGGUGCUGCAGUUUUUAGUAAGUUGGAUCUAAGAGCAGGUUACCAUCAGUUAAGGGUGCAUGAACAUGAUGUGUACAAAACUGCAUUCAAGACACAUUCAAGACAUUUUGAAUUUCUUGUGAUGCCUUUUGGACUCACUAAUGCUCCUGCUUCUUUUCAGAAUUGGAUGUAUAGUGUUUUCAAACCACUACUCAGAAAGUGUGUUUUGGUUUUCUUUGAUGACAUUCUUGUAUACAACAGAGAUAAGGAGCAACAUUGGGGACAUUUGGCUCAGGUGUUUGAGUUAAUGAGGGUGCAUCAAAUGUUUGCUAAUGCCAGCAAGUGUAGCUUUGCUAUUGAUAGGGUGGAAUACUUAGGCCAUUUCAUCUCUGCAACAGGAGUUGAAACUGAUCCCAACAAGAUUGCUGCUGUGGAAAGUUGGCCAGUACCUAAGUCAGUCAAAGAUUUAAGGAGUUUCUUGGGGUUAGCUGGUUACUAUAGGAAGUUUUUCAUGCAUUAUUCUUUGAUUAGUAAGCCACUCACUAAUCUUCUUAAAAAGGAAGCAUUCUCUUGGUCUGAUGAAGCUCACACAGCUUUUCUCUCCCUUAAGAAAGCUAUAGUAACUGCUCAUGUAUUAGCAGUGCCAGAUUUUGCUAAGCCAUUUGUAGUGGAAACAGAUGCAUCCAAUACUAGCAUUGGAGCAGUGUUGAUGCAGGAUAACCAUCCCUUAGCUUUUAUAAGCAGAGCACUAGGACCUAAGUGGCAAAGAUUGUCAGUGUAUGAAAAAGAAUUGUUGGCCAUAGUGUGUGCUGUUCGAAAAUGGGAGUAG